AUGGAUGCCACACAGCCUGCCGAGCAUAGCGGCAGCUCCCGUCAGCCUCAAAACGAGGUCAAUCCUAAUGACGGAAGUCUCGUACGGCGGUUGAUCGAUAUGCCAAUCAACAAAAACCACUUCGUCACUCAGGCUCCAACGGAGCCCUUUCGUCUUACCUAUAUCGACGUCAUGUGCCUAGUGAUAAACCGAAUGAUAGGGACCGGAAUCUUCGAUAGCCCCAAUAAGGUGAUGCUGGGUGUCCGCAGCCCGGGCAUCGCAAUUCUCUUCUGGCUCUGCGGCUGCGUCUAUGCUCUCACCGGAACUCACGUUUACGUCGAGUAUGGGCUGAACGUACCGCGAUAUGUAAUCGACGGUGUCGAGCAGUCGGUCCCGCGAUCGGGAGGCGACCUCCAUUAUCUCCAAUACGUUUUCCCCUGGCCGCGGUACAAGAAGGGCAUAGUGAUGCUCAGCGGUGUCCUGUAUGGCAUCAGCUUCAUUUGCAUUGGAAACAUGGCCGGCAAUUGCAUCAAUUGCGCGCUGCGUCUCGUGGAGGCUGCGAAUCCGCAAACGGACGUUGGUGAGCUCGGCGAAGGCAAGAUUCGCGGCAUCGCCAUCGUCAUUGCGAUAUUUCCAUGCUUGAUCCACGCCUUCUCUCGUCGUGGUGGCAUCCUGCUGAACAAUCUCCUUGCCUUCAUCAAGGUCUUGAUGCUGGUUUUCAUGAUCAUUGCCACUUGGGCGGUUGCUGGUGGGCCGUCCGGGGCGAGAGAGAUCCCAGACCGGAGGACAAGCAAUUCAACUAGUCCACCAAACUCCUCAAGCGAAGGUAAGGCGUAUGCACAGGCCUUCCUAUCUAUCAUCUUUGCCUUUUCAGGGUUCGACCAGCCAAAUUAUGUUCUGGGAGAGAUCAAGCGCCCGCGGAAGACUUAUCCUCGAUCCAUGUGGUGGGGUGUCGGCCUGGUGUCGGCAUUGUAUAUGGCCGUCAACAUCUGCUAUAUGAUAAUCGUCCCGACAGAUGUCCAGGAGAGUGAAAACGUGGCACAGGCGUUUUUUUACAACAUCUUCGACGCUGAUCCUGAACACCCGAAGGGCUACAAAAUCAAGCGCGCUAUUAACGCAUUCCUAGCCAUCUCAUCAUUCGGCAAUAUUGUCGUCAUGACAUACACGGCGGCACGAAUGAAGCAAGAGAUUGCCAAGCAGGGUUUCCUCCCUUUUACGAGCUUUUUCGCGAGUAACAGAGACGUCAGUCUUGGCAAGUUCCUCAUGUGGCUCGAAGGAGGAGAGCGCAAAUGGAAGAACCAGCCCACCGAGAACGGGCACCAGGGCGUCCUUGAGCCGCAGGGGUAUGAUGCACAGAAGGUCGCUGGUAAUCGGAAACCACGCGGCCGCUUCUUCAAGUUUCUCAACCCUUCCAACCACCGGGAGAAGACGCCUGUCGGCGCCCUCGUCCUCCACUUUGCCAGCUGCAUCGUCCUCAUCCUGGCCACGUACAACACCUCAGCAAGCAACGCCUACUCCAUUCUUUCUGGACUUAUUGCUUAUUUGACAUCGGCAUGGUUCGGCUUCUUCCUUGCCCUCGGCAUCCUGAUUCUGCAUUUCCGCGGUCCCCCGACAACGCAACCAGCCCUGACACCUCGAUACCAUCAAGUCCCGAAUCAGGGGCCCGUACAAAGGAGCUGGGCCCAGAUGACUCGGGGGUCGGUGAAUCCGAAGUUGAGUAUCUCUUGCGGUUGCCUCUAUCUCGUUGGGAAUCUCUACCCAAUCAUCACGGGCUGGGUCCCGCCGUCAAAGGUUAUCACCCUGGGAUCCCCCGCCUGGUGGACGGUGCCGCUCAUUUCGUGGUGCGUAUUGGCAUUUUCGACCAUUUGGUUUCUGGGCUUCAUAGGCGUGGCCAAAUAUAAGUGCCGGACCGGCAGCAGCGAGUUCGUCUACUUGUGUGAGCCCGACUUCGGUCCGGCUGAGAACUCUGAAUAUGGGCCAAGGUCUGGUAGCGGCAGUGACCUGCCCGCUGGUGAGGCUGCUGCCAGGAGCCGUCACGGAGGGCUUAUUCUUUCUCACGAAACCAUCUACACAGGGUGGGAAGGCACUGAGAUGGAGCAACUGUUCCACCACGGGGUCGAGAUGACAGAUGGCGUCGUACCCCCAGCCCAGCCGGUGCCGGUGCACGGGAGUGGAAUACGGCGGCCAGUUGAUCCGUCACUCGAUUUGUAUGCGGACACGGAUUUUCCGGAAUUCUCACAGAACGGGGCUCCAGUUCAGGAGCCAGAACUGGUGUCUAAUCCGCUGUCUGCCCCGGUGCAGAAUGGGUCGGAACAGGGUCUAACACAGGCCUCUAGGAACACCUCAGGCUAA